AACUCCCGUUCCCUCUCAGGCAAUAUUACGGCCAUUUUGGCGGCCUUUCCGUCGCAGCAAAUCGCGGCAGUCAUCGACUCCUAUGCGGCGACUCUGCAGAAGCGCGCGGAUCGCGACGUCUUUUUCCUCAACACUCAAGGAAUCGUUCAAUUGGUUCAGAGAUAUCGCAACGGAAUCCGCGGAAGAAUGCGUUCGUGCGUCCAGGAGCUCGUCCGCCACUACAUCGAAGUCGAACAGCACUUCCAGAGCGGACACUACGACAAGUGUGUGUCGCAGUUGCGCGAGAAGUUCAAGGAGGAGGGAAUGGCGUGCGUCGUCUCGAAGAUCUUCUCUCACCUGUCGGUCACCAAAAAGAAUCAGCUCAUCAUCAAGCUCAUCGACCACUUGUGCGGACACGAGCCUGGAAUCACAGACGAGUUGUCGUCCAUUUUGAACGCUCUCACGAUUCUGAACAAAGCGGAGAACGCGAAGGUGGCGCUCAGGGCCCGACAGGUCCUCAUUUCCGCCCAUCAGCCGCCCUUCGCCUUAAGACACAACCAAAUGGAGUCCAUCUUCUUGUCCGCGAUUGACAUCUAUUCGCACGAAUUCGAGCCCAAUGUCCUCAACAAACUGAUCCUCUCCGAGACCUCCAUCUUCGACGUUCUCCACCAGUUCUUCUAUCACUCCAAUGUCGUCGUCCGCAGAGCCGCACUCGAGGUGUACGUGCGGCGCGCCUACAUCUCCUACGAAAUGGUGUCUCUGCAGCACUCAGUGCUCGGCUCUUCCGCCGAACGCCACUCCGUCGAGAGUCUGCACUCGCGGUCGUCCACCGCCUCCCGCGACGCCUCCAUUCCGUGCGCCGUUUACCACUUCAUCCUCCCGUCGUCGCACCCGUCGAUCGUCGCCAACACCAGCACGGCGUCGGCCUCUUCUGCGCAGACGCCGUCCAUCGCCGUCAUGUCCGAGACGUCAGAAGAGAACCAAAUCGUGUUUUUCGGCAAUUAUCGCGUCGGACUCAUCGCCGCCUUCAAUACCGCCGAACAAAUGGAGACCCAUUUCGACGAAUUGAUAGACAUUUUGCGUCAAUCGGAAGAAGAGAUCGCAGUCGACAAUCAGUGGCAACAGUCCGUCGGCGGCGAUGUCUCCACUUCUCCGCCGAAUCGCCAGCGAAGCGGAUCUCUUUUGGUGCCGCGAGAAAGGACGCAAUCCCUCUCUUUCCAAGCGCUCAUCGAAGACGUGGAGCCCAUCUAUAUCGUCAACAUUGCCAUCAAAUCGGACGGCUCUGAAGACGCUGUGCUCACCAAACGUUUCCAGCAGUUCUGUCAGACGCGAAGAGCCGACCUCGAGAAGCAGUCCAUCCGCAGAGUGACGUUCAUUGUGUGCGACAAAUACCGGUUCCCACGUUACUUCACGUUUCGCUUCCGCAGCGGUUACGUCGAGGACACCAUUUACCGACACCUGGAGCCGGCGCUCGCCUUCCAACUCGAGAUCAAUCGGCUCCGGAACUACGACUUGGAGGCCAUUCCGACGGCGAGUCAGAAAAUGCAUCUCUACUUAGGAAAGGCCAAAGUGAUGGCUCCCGGACAACAGGUCACUGACUUCCGCUUCUUCGUGCGAACUAUCAUCAGACACUCGGAUCUCAUCACCAAAGAGGCCUCCUAUGAGUUCCUGCAGAAUGAGGGCGAACGUCUUCUACUCGAAGCGAUGGACGAACUGGAGGUGGCGUUCACGCACUCUCUGGCGCCCAAAACGGACUGCAACCACAUCUUCCUGAACUUCGUGCCCAAAGUGACAAUGGAUCCGACGAAGAUCGCGGAGAACGUGCGCAAUAUGGUUAUGCGUUACGGCCCCCGACUCUGGAAACUGCGCGUUCUUCAGGCCGAGAUCCGAAUGAUCAUCCGCUCGACGCCCACCUCCAAGUGCACGCCCUUCCGCCUCCUUCUCGCCAACGAGUCGGGCUAUUACCUCGAUAUGCAUCUCUACAAGGAGGUGUUGGACCCCGUGUCGGGCGCCAUGAAGUUCGAGGCGUGGGCCGGCACCGGGAAGCCGGGUCCGCUGCACGACCUCACGAUCUCCACGCCAUACAUGACCAAAGACUAUCUGCAACUGAAGCGCUUCCAGGCGCAGAGCAACGGCACGACUUAUAUCUACGACUUCCCCGACAUGUUUCAGGCGGCGCUCGUCAAGCACUGGGAGGAGUACUUGGAGUGUCGGCCGGAGUGCGAAAUGCCGGCGCAAGUGAUGCAAUGCAUGGAACUGGUGUUGGACCCGACGAACCCGUCGCGCAUGAUUGAGAUGAAGCGCGUUCACGGGGAGAACGACUGCGGAAUGUGCGCGUGGAGGAUGACCCUCUUCACCCCCGAAUACCCCGACGGCCGCGACAUUGUCGUCAUCGGCAACGACAUCACUCACCUGUUGGGUGUCUUCGGCCCCAAAGAGGAUCAGGUGUUCCAGAAGGCGAGUGAGAGGGCGCGCGCUAUGGGAGUUCCGCGCAUCUACCUGUCGGCCAACUCGGGCGCGCGCAUAGGACUGGCCGAGGAGGUGAAGGGACACUUCCAGGUGUGUUGGUUCGACGACACGAAUCCCGACAAAGGCUUCAAAUACCUGUACUUAACGCCCGAACAAUACAAACGCGUCGCCGACUCCGUGAAAGUGGAGCUUUUGGUGACGGAAGACGGAGAGACGCGAUACCGCAUAACCGACAUCAUCGGUCAGGGCGAGGGUCUGGGCGUCGAGAACCUGAAGUACGCGGGAAUGAUUGCGGGCGAGUCGUCGCAGGCCUACAACGAGAUCGUGACCAUAACGAUGGUCACGUGUCGCGCCAUCGGCAUCGGCUCCUAUUUGGCGCGACUCUCGCAGCGCGUCAUUCAGAUCGACAACUCGCACAUCAUUCUCACGGGCGCCGGCGCUCUCAACAAACUGCUCGGCCGCGAGGUCUACACGUCCAACAACCAGUUGGGCGGCAUUCAGAUCAUGUACGCGAACGGCGUCUCCCACACGACGGCUCAGGACGACUUGGAGGGCGUGUCCACGAUUCUCAAGUGGCUCUCUUACAUGCCGUGCCAACGCGGCGCUCCGCUCCCGAUGAUCGAGUCCUUGGAUCCGAUCGACCGCGAAGUCGUCUUCACGCCCACCUCCUCGCCCUACGACCCGCGAUGGCUGCUUCAAGGCCGCGAGAACCCGCAGGGCGUGUGGGAGGACGGCUUCUUCGACCGCGGCUCGUGGCAGGAGAUCCUCAGCGGAUGGGCGUUGACAGUGGUGGCCGGGAGGGCGCGAUUAGGCGGCAUUCCCGUCGGCGUGAUUGCCGUCGAGACGCGAACUAUAGAACUGAUAAUACCCGCGGAUCCGGCGAAUCUCGACUCCGAGACCAAAGUGGUGUCACAGGCGGGACAGGUGUGGUUCCCCGACUCCGCCUACAAGACGGCGCAGGCCAUCGAGGACUUUGCGCGCGAAGACCUGCCGCUCUUCAUAUUCGCGAAUUGGAGAGGAUUUUCGGGCGGAAUGAAAGACAUGUACGACCAGGUCGUCAAAUUCGGCGCUUAUAUU